AUGGUGGGGGUGUGUGUAUGUGCUAAUGCGCGUGUUAAACGCUUCCAGAAAAAUGUAGCUUGGCAGCCUUCUUCUGCUGCCGGUUGUCUCCGUGUGGGGCGAACUCAGUUUCCCAAUCGGCGCCGCGGAGGCCAGUCCAAAGUCUGGCUUUCCCGGAGUGUCAUAGCAGCAGCUGUAUUCCUUUGGGGUCUCCACCGCAGUUACUAUUCUUCAAUCCCAUCUUCAAUCCCAGGCUCAGGGACUAAGGCACUCAGACAGGCUGUGCAGGGCCCUCUGGAAGAGAAAGAACGGUGGAAGUAUCAGAUCUGUGCCCUGGAAGGUAUCCGAAUCACUAAGGUUGUGGCAGGGGGCCCCAGAGUGAAGGGCCUUUCUCCUGGAGCAACGUUUGGAGGGGCUGCGAAGGGAAAUACAGUGACCUCGAAGCCAGGUGCAGGUACAGGCCUGAGCCCAAAUACAGAUGGGACCACCAAAGUGCAGUGCUACCAGGGGCCUUCAGCCAGAGCUGCAGAACGACAACUGCUACGGGAGGAGUCAGAGAUUCUGGAGGAGGAAGUGAAGUUGCGGUGGGUCCAGCUGAGCCAGUACCGGGAGCUGCUGCUGAAACAGAUGACUGACGGGCAGCAAGCAGAGGCCUGCAGCUGGAAGGUAGGACCAGAAUUGGACCUGUGUGUUCAUAUCUUCCUUCCUUUCUCUAUCCUGUUUUGCAGGCGGGCCAGGAUGCCCUCUCCUACCCCCUGUCUCUUUCCUUCUCUUCCCUGUGCUGAUUCCUCCUCCCUCCAAAGCUCUUCUUCCCAAGCCCUCUGCUUCAGUCUACGAGGAACUGUCUUUGUCCACAUGAGGAUUCCGAGGGGGCCGAAGAGGCUAGUUGUGGGGGUGGGGUGCUAAUCCUGGAGAGAGAAAGCCUUGGUCCUACCUGAGCCAUGGUCUGGCAGAUCAGCUGCCAAAUGACCAGGAGGGCAAAGGUUACCCACUGGAGGCUGCCAGGACAGACGUGCAGGAUGCCGGGCUGGAGCACAGCCUCCUCAGGACCUCCGUUCACGUCCUCCAAUCUAAGCUGUCGCUGUCCCUGGCUGCCACUGUCACCGUGUCUCUUUCUUCAUCUAGCUCUGAAGUUAGCUUUUCAGACAGAGACAUUAGCUGGGAACUUUUAAAGGAAGCUAGAUAUCCAGAAGCACACUCUUUCUAACCUGGAGUCCAGCAGCUUUCAGCUCCAGGCCCAGAGCCUUGGGCAGGAAGAUCUAUUCUCUUAGGGCCCCAAGAUGCUCCUGAGUGACCUGUAAGGACUUUUAAGAGUAAGAGUAAUACGAUGAAGUCUUCUUUGCUCACCUUCCCCUCCAAGGUCCUCUUUCUGGGUCCCCUCUUCAUCUCUCUGAUACUUGCCCUCCCUACUGAGGCUUGUCGCUGCCUGUCUGUCCCAACCCACCAACUCCAAUAAAAUGGUUUUAUUGUGAUGUGUCUUCUGUGAAUCAGCACCCACAUA